UCACGCAUUGCCGCAAACAGCCUACAAUGGCGUCGUUUUACUUCUAUAUAGAGAUAAAAGGCAGUGUCAAGUGAGUGGAGUAGAUAAAAGCGUUCAUUGGGGCUGUGCUUUUAAUUGGCAAAAGCUUUGUCAUCUCUCCCACAGCAACUAUAAAUAUUGUGAGAAGUGACGUUGGGAAGAACGACAGGAGUCGAUCUUUUUGUUAACACCCUGUAGUGUACUCAACGCAGAGAAGAAAUAGCAUUUGCAGCCACCACACACAGUCAUGGUUGCACCACUUCCCAUCAUGCAUUUGGGCAGAACAGUUAAGUCGCUACAGUAUCAUUUACUGAUAGCUCAGCAAAUACAAUAUUUAGUCACAAUAUACAAACUCACAUUUAUCCUUUAAGAAUUACAAGUCUUUCUAUCCGUGGAUCCCUUUCACUGAAACAAUGUUAAUAAUGUUAAUGCCAUCUUGUUGAUUUAUUGUUAUAAUAAACAAAUACAGUACUUAUGUACAGUAUGUUGAAUGUAUAUAUCCGUCUUGUCUUAUCUUUCCAUUCCAACAACAAUUUACAGAAAAAUAUGGCAUAUUUUAGAGAUGGUUUGAAUUGCGAUUAAUUACGAUUAAUUAAUUUUCAAGCUGUGAUUAACUCGAUUAAAAAUUUUAAUCGUUUGACAGCCCUAGUUGAAUGUACACCUUAUGCCUAAUAUAUACAUAACACAAUAAAACAGAAUUGUUGUGUUACUCAAAAUGUUGACUGGACAGUUACGGACUAUGCACAUUAAAUCAUCAGUAACAUCAAAUAUUACACAAUACACCAAAGUAUAUCAGUAGCCGUGUCCUUAAGUCUUUCUGAUAGUUUUCCCCUGACCUUUUUACUGUAAUAAUAUAAUGAAAACCUGAAAUUAUAGCUUUUAGUUUUGGCCACCCCAAGAUUUUAAGUAGCCUCAUCUGGCCACCCCUAUGAAAAAUUUCUGGAUGCGCCACUGCACUCCACAACAUGGGAAAGUUUCCUUCUGCGUAACAUUUUACAUAGUUUUCGGUUGUUGCCUUACCACGCCAAAUGUAAAACAAGUAUUUACAUGCUAGUAUAUGUAUAAUGCAAUGACAUAAUCAAACAAGUACUUAUAUUCGUGAUUUUAUCCAUUUUCCCAUAAAUGUCACACUCACCGCUAUCAGCUCCAUUGAAAACCAUUACAGAUCUGUUGGUGCUUGGAAGUACUAAUGCACUCCAGGAAACACGUGACCACCAGCGACGAAAUCAGAAUGUUGCAACUCUCUUUCUUCAUGGCUCUGGGCCGAGAAAAUGUGCACACGUGGAAACCCCAUGACUGACGUGCGUUUCGCCCAAUAGGAGUUUGAUAGAAUGACGUCAUCAUAUACUUGACAACCAAUGUACAUUUGAGGGGGAUAAUGGGGAAAAAAGAUGUUGUGAAACGGUUCGGAGGUGAGGAGGAUUUUGGGAAGAGUCCAUGUUUACUCCGAAGAACUUUACUCAAAUGAUGGAAAAUUCAAGAGUUUUUCAGUUUUAUCUUCUCUAACGUUUUCUUUUUGAAAUUUCCAGAGACAAAGCUGCUUUGGGGGGAGCCUCGCCUCAUGGGGAGCUUCGAAGGUCACGCGCUCCCCGGGACCCUUUUCCUGCUGGCUGGCCUGUGGUGGACGGCCAAACUCUCGCUCUGGCAUGCCACCCACCGCUAUAAGAGCAUCGGCUCCACCCGGCUGAGCGGCAGAGUGGCGCAACGCCGCUUGGAGCUGGUAGAAGGCUCGAUCGUCGUCCUCUUCUCUUUAAUAGGCAUGAUAGCGGAGCAGUUUUAUGCGAAAGGGCCGCAUCUCAAGCUUUAUGACUUUGCGGAAAACCACUGGAAGGGCAUGAUGAACUGGCAACACUCCACCAUGUAUUUCUUUUUCGGCCUGGCAGGAGGUGUGUCCCUUAUAGUCCAUGCCACCGAGGCGGCGCCCCGCGCCCUGGACAAGUUAUUGGUGGCCAUCGCCUUCUUUAACGAGGGGUUCCUUUUCCUCUACCACCUCCAUGGCCGAGAUGUGCUGGACGUGCACAUGCACAUGCUUCUGCUGUACACGGUCUUCGGGUGUGCCGCCGUAUGCUUCCUGGAGGUUUUCCAAAGAGGCAACAUCCUGGUAGAGCUGCUGCGCUGCACCCUGACUCUGCUGCAGGGUAGUUGGUUCUGGCAGAUCGGCUUCGUACUGUACCCUCUUAGCGGUGCUCAGUGGGACCCCAUGGACCACAGCAACGUGAUGUUCGUCACCAUGUGCUACUCAUGGCAUGUGGCCUUUGCCAUGCUCAGCGUCGGCGUGCUCUAUUGUCUGGUCAGCUGCGCCGUCCGCUCCAGACUAAAGAAGACCCCCCCGGUGGAAAUGGGCCUGCUGAAGUGCUCUGACAAGGACCCCGAGUCAGAGGACGAGGUGGUGUGAAGUGGACCCACUCCGCCACCGCUGUGCUACUGAUUUCAGAUCAGGAAUACAACAAUAGGGCCUUAUUUCACCUGCUUGAACUGCUUAGAGUAGCUUUUAUUCUUGCUACGGUACUUUUGCUCUGUGUUAGAAUUUAUUAUUUUACGUCAAUUACACUUGAGUAUUUUUAUGUCCUAUUUAAUCUUGAACAAACACCACACUCGUAUUUAUUAGGGGUGCACGAUAUCCAUUUUUUGAAACCGAUACAGAUAACUUCUUGCUCCUCAAAGCCGAUACCGAUAUCAAUAACCGAUAAUAAAUAUAUAAUUUUUUAAAUGUAUAACCUGUGUUUUUGAACACCUGGAGGUUUAAAAAAACUAGUGGUGGAUUCAAUAUAGAUUUGCCUUUGAUCUCAUCAGAUUUUUCAUAAUGACAUGAACAAAACAGUGCAGUUCACUUCUGCACUGCCCGACAGCCAGCUAAGAAUGAAUGCACUUCCAUAAACCACAAGGCUUCGUAUUUCCUUGCUUUUAUGGGAAGACACUCGUCUUAAUAUUGUGAAAGUACAACAGAAAAAUACACAUAUUCAAUACUCAAUAUACAACAAACUGCACAAUAAACUUAUAUACACAACUAUUAUAUGUAUAGCAUAGCACACUAGCUUGAGCUACUAAAGCAUUGGCUGGCUUCAAUAACACAACUUAUGAAGUUCUGUACAUAUGACCCUUCACCACUGAAGUAAACAUAUAAUGCACAUCCAUAUGUUAUAGUUAACAUAAAAUACUUACAUAUAUUUCCGAGAGGGAAACGUAACAGAAAGCAUUCACGACUGCUGUGUGAUUGAACCAAACUACUGUAACAAAAAAAUAGAUGCAGUGAAUUAUUCUGACCAGCAGGUGGGAGCAAUGGCCCGCAAAUGGUCAACUGAUCUCCCAUACUAGAAACUAAAGCCAGAGCAGUACAUAUUAUUGGUCCUAUUAUAAAUGUUAUUGGAUUUAUCGGGAUGAUGUCAUAAUUCCUAUUAUCGGACCGAUAAUUAUCGGACCUAUUAUUAUCGUGCACCAGUAGUAUUUAUGCACCUACAGAGUGUUAAGAAUUAUGGACAGUAUGUAUAUAGCUCAUUUGCUGCCAAUGACGGCGAUAGACGUCCAAUGGUUGUGAGUAAGUGAAUGAUUACAUGCACUUUACCGCAGUCUCUUGAUGUUUUCCUGCUUAUUGUAUGACACUA